AUGGUUUUGGAGGAAAGGUUACCUUAUAGAUAUAUCUACAACGGGGUAUGUGUACAACAAAUCUACUCUAAUAUCAAGCAUGAGGACAGCUCAGAGGAAACUGCACAGAGGGUCGUCGAGGAAACACUGGCACAGCUCAUCCAGAUGGUGAGACCGUACCACGACCUUCUGGCUCUGUUGCACCACGGCUACCACCAUCUGAUUAGCGGCCUGCAUGCACGGAUCAAGAGGCUACUGCUUAGUGAGAGCACGGCGGGUCACGGGACAUGCGGAGGGAAGGACGGAAAAAGCUGUCUCGACCUGCGCAUUCAUCACCAAGACCUCCAGCAGCGCCAGGAGGACCUUCUGCACGAGGUGGCAUCGCUGAGGCAUGACUUGGCAAAGGCAGAAGCAGACUUGACUCGAGAACUGCGACGGGCGGAAGAUGCAAAGGACGAGAAAAACAAAAUGGAAAUCUUGCUUCUCGAGGCUCGAGUAGAAGCUGGAGGGCUGCGAAGGAAGCUGGAGAGGUAUACUCAGGAAGGAGAAGCAGCCGAUCCUCAACUCCUGGCCAUCGCUCUCAAGAAAUGCCGGGAGGAAGUGAGUGCCCGAGGCCGCCGCGUGGAGGAGAUGGAGCGCCAGUACCGGGAGGUCGUGCCGCGAGCUGACUUCGAGAGACAGCAGCGACGUCUGGCCAGCCUCACCGCCACGCACCAGCAGCUCGUCCUCGUGCACGACAUGCUCAAGGAACAGCACGAAACCCUUCUUAACGUGCACGAGCUGGCGGUUCAGGAGCGGGACAGCCUGAGUGAGGAGAACCAGAGCCUCCGUCGAGCAGCUACUCCAAGACCUGACUGGAACCGGGUGGCGGAGUACGUGGAGGGAGGCAUCAGCAGGUGGAGGGAACUCAGCUACGGCAGAACGAGCGACCAAACGGUAGACAUUUUAAUUUCCGAACUCACGGGCUCGCAACUUCCCACGUCUACGGAGUUCAUAGACUGUAAGCAACUUACCGUGUAUAUUCGUGUGAGAGGCUUGCAUGAGGGGACGGAAUCAAGUGUGCCGGCCUACCUGCGUUAUGAGGGAAGUGUGAGGAACAGGCGCCUCGGAAAGCGUGACCUCAUGCACCUCAUUGACGACAUCUGGCGGGAGAAACGAAAGUCAUCCAACAAGGAACCGAUGGACGUGUUCGUUGACAAGUAUUUCAGGGAGAGGUACUUCGACAUUAUGCACAGCCAACCUUUGUCACAUAACAUUACGCCGACAAGAUUGACAUUCCGCAAUUCAUCAGUGAAAAAGAGCAUGCUUGGCCGACUUCCUGUAAUACGGUAUUCUGUGAAAGCUGCUUUAAAAGGCAAUCGGCAGGCGCUACAGAUCUCUGGCGUCCCAAGACUUGAUUUUCAGAGCCUGGCUUUGAGAAUGUCCUCCCAUCAGGAGCCAAUCGGACUCUUCUGGGGUAUCCUCUGUGGCCAAGUACAGGAAGAGGUGUAUCAUUAUCAAGUGGACAUCGCUCAGUCCCUCUAUUCGGCGCUGAAGUCUCGAGAUCCGCAGGACUUGGGUCUUGUCUCCCGCGAUGUUGUGAGGACAAUCGUCAAGAGCCUCUUCCCCUUGAAGUCCCAAGCUAACGUACAGGUGCUAAUGGACAUCGUGGGUCGGGCGGCGUCCCUUAAGGACCCCAACGCCAUUAAGUACCACAACCUCUUCGUUCAGUACGGGGUUCGCGAGCGGGUCAACACUGACUGUGGAACGUCAACAGCUUCCGUUUGGCAGGGUGGCGGAGCAGGGACGGGAGCAGGAGCAGGAGCAGGAGCAGGGAGCAGAACCCCUUUGGUGACGGCGAUAGUCCAGCAGGCAAGGGAUGAGCAGGACGUGUACAUUCAAGAACUGCUGGACGAACUGGGUUACGCUGCUAUGGACGUCGCUGUCACGGAGCUUAGCCGGGCCUUCACGAUGGUGGAUCCACGCAUUGAACAAAGGAACCUCGACGCCUACUUGGAGUGGGUCUUCAACACACCUCGCGACCAACUGCGGUCCACGCCCCCCAUCCCCCUCCCGCUCCUGGCGGCCAGACUACAGACGGGACACAUCGUUAGAGUUGGUGCAAGGACAUAA